AGGAAAACGUUUACAAGAAUGCAUGUAGCAAUUAAUUUGUUUUGUUUUGAUUCAUGUCUUGAAGCAGUUGCGAACAAGAUUAUAUGCUUCACUUUCUAAAAUGCAAGAAGCAGUUAGAGAGAGAAUGUGAACGAGAAAAAAAUACGUAUAUCAAAAGAAAAGUGCCUCUGUUCUUUGCCUUGGAAAGCUAUGGCAGAAAUCCGGAAAGGCUCAUAAAGUGUCUUCAAGUGGACGCUGUAAUAUGUUUCAUUGUCUGAACCCGUACCUGUUUCGUUCUCAUUUGUUCUCCAUUUUCUUGUUGUAUUACUUGUUUUCUCUUUCCUCUUGCUGUUAUUGUGAUUGUUUGAAGAUGAUUUUGUAACACUCGCUUGAUAUAAUACAGCUAUUUUUCAUGG